AUGGUUUCCUCUACCUGCUGUGGCAAGGGCGGCGCUGAGUGCGUCUGUGCCCAGAACGCCACCUGCUCGUGCGGCAAGCAGUCCGCCCUCCACUGCAACUGCGACCGCGCCGCCACCGAGAACAACACGGCCGGCGACCGCUGCUCGUGCGGCCAGCGCCCAGCCGGUGCCUGCACCUGCGCCACCAACCCGAGCGAGGUCAACACCGCCAACGAGACGGACUUCACUACGCGCAAGUAG